AACUGUCAAUUCUGCAGAUAACUGGUACGUAUGUUCACAUGGCCAAGAAGCAUCGGGAAGACUCGAGACACUUUAUAUUCCCAAACCUAAGACAUACAAUGAUGCGUCUGCUGAGUGUGCCCGGAGAGGUAGCAUUCUGGCGAAUAUCCAGAAUAGAUAUCAUGGAGAGUGUGCAGGUGACCUGCUUGGACCCCGAAACGGUCAGUGCAACAGUUCUUCCAGUGAUAACUGCAAGACUUCCUCGUACUUCUGCAAAACCAAUACAUGCAAUGUGUGGAUUGCUCUUCAACGACCAUCUCAAUCCAAAACCUGGACAUGGACGCUACCGGUUCCAAUCUCAGCAAACAAUGUUUCUUGGAUUACUGCACCACUACAAGGAGGAGGUGGACGAAACGAAUGUGGCUAUUAUUCUCCAGAGAAGGAAAGCUUUGGAAUCAAAUCUUGCUCAAUGAAGCUAAGUUUCUAUUGCCAAAGAUAUACACCAAAUGCGCCCUCAGGCAUAGCUGUCAACUCUACGGACACUGAAAUAUCUGCACGCAUAUUGCAGCCACAGAUACUACGAGAUUGGGUGUCAGAAUUCUGCUUUGUGUACGAGAAGUAUGGCACUGCGGCAGCGUCCACUGUAGUUUGUACAAACAAGGAGUCAACCGUUUUGUCAGGCCUGGCUCACAAUACUCUGUACAGGGUCAGAGCAUUCUCCAAAACCACGAUCGGAAACAAUAGUAGCAUGUCCCCUGAAGUCAAUAUUGGAACAUUGCCUAAAGCGCCAAAAUCGCCUGACAAUUACGUCCUCUCAAGUACUACCAUCAGUGUCUUUAUAGGCCGAACAGAAGGAAACAACCUUCCGAUACUCCGGUAUUGUGUGCAUGGAAGGCCUGCUAAUGAUCUGUCUGGGAAUAUGACAUCGAUACCAGUGUGCAAUGCGUCUGAAAAUGUUACCUUGAUCGGCUUGACACCAGGCAUGACCUAUAAUGUCACCACCUAUGUAAGCAAUGCAUAUGGAGACAGUGAUCAGUCGACCUCCACUCGCAUCACCACUUUGCAUCAAGCACCAACAACUGAUCAAGUCGACGCAACCAGUGGCUACCAAGCCAGCGCAAGCGGCUCCAAAUCUGCAGCGAUAAUUGCGGGAGGGUCUGGCGCAGGACUGCUGGUGCUGGCUGCGACGGUUUUCCUGCUAUGGAAAUUAAAGUUGACACCCGCGAAACCUGAUUCUGUGCUGACUACCUGCCAACUGGACGUAAGAACUCAAUCUGUUUCCCAUGAUGAUGAACUUGAUUUGGUUCAGAACACGUGCACUAGUAUGGAUCCCAAUGAGGCGUACGAGAGCUGGAUCCUGGCUAGGAAUGAUGCAUAUGGCUGUGUGGAUUUGCGCGAGAAUGAUGUUCUUCGUGCCGGAUGCGGAGCUGGGCGUGCAGAGGAAGGGGGACCGGCCACAGAAGAAGAGCAUACUUAUGUCAGCGUCCAAUAACGCCAAAUGUUUUUCACAGCCCAGGAAUUUUAAUUUUUACCAAACGAUACAUAUCCUCAACGAAAUGCAAAUGAUACAGUAGCAUUUAACUCUGUUGUUGAGCCAAUAGUAAUAUUUAAAGAGAAAGGGACAGUUACUAGCUAUGACUAACAGUCCACAAAACUGGCUCUGAACAGAAUUAAUUGUAAUUUGUAACCACCUUGCUCAGCAUCCCUACACAUUACUGCAUGUUUUCUCGGUGUUUUCUUCACUGCAUGCUUACACAUACACACACCCAUUUGAAUUAUAUACAAACUUUGUGCUUUGGAAUUAGCAUGAUUGUUAUGAUUCUUUUUAAUAUUUCCUUCUCUCAUAAUAUUAUAUUCGUUCUUAGCAGAAACCGGAGGUUUUUCCUCUGGUGAGAAGGCAGAAUUGCCUGUGCUCUAAAUGAAUUCAAAUAAAAGAAACAAACAAACAAACAAACAAAGGUAAAAAUAUAAUAUACAGCCAGGUGAGGUGUCAGGUCAGUGUCAUGUCUUAGAAUGUUUCAAUAUACUUGUCAGUCUUGUGCCUUGUUGUCUCACUAUCUGAUGUUAUAAUUAUUAAUUCGUUACCUUGGUGGACAGUUAAUUAUAACUAGUAACUUAUAGGACCUUUUUCUCUUUACACAAAACUGUAUCAUGGUAUACUUUUUCACGGCAAACACGCCAUAUGUUGCAGUCUUUCUGAGUUUUUUUCUUCAUAUCUCACUGCCUCUAACUCCAGUAGCGCAUGCAUUUAUUACUGAUAUACUCUCAAAUAUUCAUUGCAGCUCUUGUGUCCUGAUGUCACGGAUCAGUAUUGAUAUCAUUUGUAACUUUCACAAGUAGGUUUAGUGCUAAACGGUUCGGAGCGAGAUUUUUGAAGUAAUUUGCUAUACAUGUAUGUUCACGGUGAUUCGUAACCGAAUCUCAAUAUCUAUAUCACUGGAAGAAUUACCAUUGACAUUAUAUAUCCCACCUAUGCAUUUAAUUCCUGUCAGUAAAUCCAUUGCAUAGCAGCAAAUUGCAGCUCGUUCGUUAUAAACUUGCAGCAGGUGUAUAUUUUUUGCUUAUGUUUAUGAUUCAAAAGCCGCUAGAAUUUUAUUCACACUUUGUUUCUGUUUGGUAGCACUUCUCUCUAAAUUUCGCAUGCAUAAUCAGUAUAUCCGUUCAC